AUGCUAAAUUUUUUGAAAGACUAGUUUAAUGACCUAGCAUCUAAAUAUAUUGAUAAGUAAUAGCAUUAGUAUGUCACAUUAGAUAUGGUCAGAGCAGCUUUAAGCAAAUAAGAUUAAGCAUCACUAAAUAAAGUUUUUUUCGAUUUAAUCGAUGAGGAGGAAAUUAAAACUCUAGAAAAACUUGAAAAAGACAAUAUUUAGGCAGAUGGAAACCCAAAAAGCGAAUAAGAAUUUGGUGAGAAAUCCCUUAAAAUAUUUCAGUAAAGUAAAUUGAGAAUGUCGAAAGAGUAAUAGGAAGAGAAAUUUAAGGAGGAAUAAGAAAAAUAAUUAAAAGAAGCUUUACGUUCAAUAGAUAAAGCGUAUGUUUUGGAAAAAACCAAGGAAGAGGAAAUUAUGAAAUUAGAGUUUAACAAAUUUCCAAAGAUUUUACCAUUAGAAGAAGUGGAAAAGAGAGAGUAAGUUUUAAAUAAUUGGAGCAAUAUAAUAGGUGUAAAGCUAAAUGAAAACUGUAUGAAACACUACGAUAAUAUAGAAUAGGGAUUCAAAUUAAUAGAUUAAAUAUAUAAAGUUAAUUCAAAUCAAAUUUAGUCCAUUUAAAACACAAGAAAAACACUUCAAUCUACUAAAUAGCAUUUGGUUACAUCUACAAAUCACAUUAUAUCUCUUAAGAAGCGCAUUUAGAGGACUAAAGAAGUUCUUGAUUAACUGAAUCUCAUGUAGAAAUAAUUUGGUGAGCUGAAUAAUAAAAUAAAAGAUAUAGAAAAUGAAGAUUGUCUGCAGGAUGCUCAUACUGUCAUUCCAAAACUGAAUCAAGCAAAGCAACAAAUAAUGGAGGAUAAAAAUAAUGAUAAUGAUGAAAAUAACUUGCUUAAAAAGUAUAAAUGUUUGUAAAAUAUAGAGUAGUUUAUAGAAGACAAAAUAGAGCUAUUUAAAAAAUGCAUUUAAUCAAGCGCUGAAAAAAUUAUCUUCAACUAUACACCAAGCAAAUAUUUUACAAUUAUGCACAGCUACUUUUAUUUAUAAAAACACUUUUGUGACGAGAUCAAGCCCUACUCUUUACUCUUUACAUCUAACAUUCAUUUAUACGUUGAUUAAAUUGUUAGAUAUGCCUUUGAUUAGUUUAAAGAAGAUGUAGGCUUUUAUGUUUCAGAAUACGACGAAAGAAGAUUUAACAUUUCUUAUUUAUUGCCUUCAAUAUAAAAAGAUCAAUUUUUAACAUUUUGUCGCAUUCUCUUGCACAAAUACUGUGAUUUUAUGAGCUGUUACUCCAAUUGUUUAGCAUUCCACUUGCAGCUUAACCCCGAUUAAAAUCAAGAUUUUAUAAAUAAAGUAGAUAACGAAGAGAAAUAGGAAUUCCUAGAAUUUUUAGAAUAAGUUAAAAAUUUGUAUAUUAAAAAUAAAGAAGUUUAUUGGAUUGAAAUAUAAAGAAAAAUAGGUUUAAUAAUACAACCAUCCAGCUAAAUCUAGUCCUUUUCUCAUUAAAUGAUUAGAUAAUUUCUAGAGUAUAUUAAUAUCUUUUUAGGUAUUGGAGAGAGCUUUUCAAAUUCUCCUUCACACUAAUUAUAAAAUUUUAUUUCUGAUAAAUGUGAGGCUUACAUUGAUCAUUAUCAUCAUAUUGCUUAAGUUGCUGUUAUAUCUACAUUACAGAGCGAAAAUUGGAAGAGACUUCCUAUUACACAAGGAGUAAAUUACUCAUUUAUUGAUAAAGGUGAAGUGAAAAGCAUUCACAGAAUAUUAAGAGUAAUGAAAAAUUAUUCAUUUAAACCUCUUGAUUUAAAUGAUAAUGUGAAGGAUGUUUUUGAAUAUAACUUGAAUACGUUUAAAACUGAUAAUCCUUUCUAAGUCGAGAUUAAAAAGGAGACUGAUGUUUCCAAUAAAUAAAGAUCGGCUUCAUAUUUCAGAAAGUUUAACAAAAAAUAUAAUAUAAUGAACCAUAGCAGGGAAAAUGGUGAAGAAAGUUAGAUUAAGAGCAACUCUAAUAUUAUUUAAAAUUAAGAAGGUGCAUGCAAUUUUGAUAUGAAAUAAAUCUUUGAAUAGAAGCAAUAUCCUAAAUAACAAAUUGUAAUUUCAAGUAGUUCUCAAAAAUUAAUGAACUCAUUUGAAGAAUACUUAGAAUUAAUUGAUACUGUCAGGCCAGCUACUCCUCAAAUAAUUAAAUGCAUCAAAUAAAACUUAAAUUUUUAUAUUUAUUAUAUUGUAAAUUCUUUUCUUGACAAUAGCAUCCAAGCUUAGCUCAUGGAAAAAUUAGCACUACAAGGUGUGCAUAAGCUGGAUGAUCCAAAUUAAUUAGAAAACAAUAUCAGCAAAUUCUCUCAAGUAAAUAACUCACUAAAACUAUAAAAAAAACAUAAAAAUUUAGCUAAAGUAUACCUUGAAAACAAUGUAUCUUGUUAUCAAACAAUAAAGAAAUUAAUACCUCCAUCAUAAUUAUAAUCUAAGCAAUUCAAAGGAAUAUCAGAAAGAAUAAUAGCGAUAGAAUCAUUUGACUAUUUGCUAUUUAUUUACAGAAGCCUUAUUCCGAUAAUUUAAUAUAUGUAUGACAAAACUUUUGAUUAGUUUGAAGUGGAUUAUUACGAAAGCAUAUAUAAUGAAUUGAAAAGUUUGAUAUUUGUUGAUUAUGCUCCUCAAUUUGCUAGAUCUGAUCAAAUUUUCUCAGCUAUACCUAAUAGCAAAUGGGAACUUUCUAGUUAAGAAGUGGGGCAAACAAGCAAUUAUGUAGAGCGUUUCUGCCAAAUUAUAGUUGACUAUAAAGAGCAACUUAGAAGCACUGGAGGUGGUUCUGUCCCUGAAUAAGUUUAAGAAGAAAUUUUUUGUUUAUUAAUUGACUUCUGCUAUAAGGAAUUAAUAGAAGCCUAUUCUAAAAUAAAGAAAAUAAAUGAAUUUGGAAGACUACAGAUGUAGAGAGACUUUUAGAUGAUAUAAAAGAAAGUUUAAUCCUUAUCAAAAAAUUAAACCAGAGAGCAAUUAUAGCGAGCUUUUGUAGAAGCUUAUUUAAAAAUAUGUCAAUCUCAAGACAUAGAAGAAGUCUAAACAUUUAUAAAUACAAAUAAGGAAAGAUAUUCUUUAGAAGCACUAAUAGGAUUAAUUAGAAUUAGUGCUGCAGGCUCAAAUAUUGUUGUGAAAACUAAAUAAAAAGAUUAAAUUUUAACUAUUUUAAACGACUACAAAAAAUAUUUCCUAGAAAACAACAUAGAUGUUCCUUUUUGA